CCUUUUGUGUUUUUGUCUCUCUCUUUCGCUGGAACAUAACGGACGUGUCGUUGCGUCGUCCUCUUCGUCGCGCGCGUGUGUGUGUGUGUGUCUGUGUGUACUGAAACAUUUUGGGGUCGCAGCAAAGUGGAGAAAAAGUUCUUAAUUAUACAAUACUCGUGUUUGUCUUGCAGCAAAUCGAAGUAAGCCAUUUGUGCGAUUUAACCGCAAAGGGAAAUACGAAAAGUUAGCUGAAUUACGUGAGUAGCCAGUGUGCCAGAGCGGGGCGGCAAAUCAGUGCGGCGUGAAAGAGAAGGAGCAGCAAAAUAAAAUUUGCUGUGAGUGCUUCUGUGUGUACGUGCCUGUUUUCAGUGUGCAUGUGUGCUAAAACAAAUGCCUAAAUUGCAACAAAGAAAAUUGUGUGAAAUAUACGAAGCGAAGAGCAGAGCGAAAGCGACGAAGAAAAAAAGAGGAUGCUGCUCAAAUAAGAAGAAGCAGGAGCAGCCGUCGCGAGUUUUCUCGCGCGUGUAGAGUGUGUGUGUGUAAAUAAGAAAUAAGAAGAAGCAAAUCAUAAAAAAGUGUAAAAAUUAAUCUUAUAUGUCCAUAUUUCCUGCAGCGCUUGACAACGAAAAUUAUAUUAAGUGAAUGCAAAUACAACAAAGUUAAUUAUAGUGCUUAAUCAGUGAACUGCGGUUUCAAACGACUUCGUCUUCCCCAUCUCUGCAAUUUCUUAACCGGAAUGCCACCAACACCAAGCAACCAAAAUCCACAGCAACAACAACGAAUGGAAUAAAAAACAUAACUUUUAAGAGAGUGGUGAGAGAGAGGCAGAGGCGUCGGCUAACGGCUUAUCAAUUGACAAAGCACGAGGGAACAGAAGGAGAAAGAGGAAGAAGAAAAGAGUGCUGAGUGCGCGAAAUACUCAAACUAUAAAACACUUUGCAAACUGUACAUAUAUUAAAGGCGUGUGUGUUGUAAAAGCUUCAAAAAAGCAAAUUCCACUGAAACACUUGCCAAAACUGCUGGGCCGAGGCGCGUGCAAUAUGCGCAACGGUAUUUGGGAAGGAGUGCGUGCCACGGAACGCACUGAAUUGAAACGGAACGGUGGGAAUAAAUAAUGCAACAGCAAGCACAACAACAACUACAGCAGCAGCAGCAGCAGCAAGAAGAGUUCGAAACAGGAAUCUUAGGGAGAAAGGAAAACAUUUGGAAGAUGUUGUUUCCGCACACUGAAGAAAAUGCAUCGUUUUCUUAACAUCCAGCAAAAUAUCAAACUACGCAACUAUCAUCAGUUACUUUUGUAUUUUGUGGCUGCUGCUGAAGGAAGAGCGGAAGUGGGACGAAGAGGAACCGGAACCGGAAAGAGAAGCGGUCGCAACGGAAGUAGAGGAGGAAGCAGAGCAGCAGCAGCAGAAACAGAAACGUUAAGAGCAAACGCGACGUAACGCCACGAAACGCAACGUCAAGAGUAGUUGAAGCAUAAUAUUAUUCUAUUAGCCUAAUACAUUAACCCAACGCUGCCACUGUUCCUAAGACAUCGACAAAAACCAGAAGAAGUACCAUUAACAAUAAAAGUAGACCAUAGACAUAACCGUAAACCGUAAACCGAAACGCAAACGCCUCCACACAAGUUAAACGACAGAAACACACAAAUCCUAUGCCAAGUUUUGAUCAUAAAAUCGUUUAGCAUCUAUCAUAGACUCACCCCCAUAAACGCCACAUCAAAAGAAAAAAUCUCAAAACAAAAUCAACUAAAACAACAGAAAGCAGACGUUGUUUUAGAGCCCCCACAAACUCCCACAAAACGAAAAAAAAAGAAACAAAACCGAUCUCGCCCCUUGCCACGCACACCAAAAACACACACACAACAAAAUAGACAAACAUAAAAAAGGGUGGCUAAGGAAAGCGGAAAAAUAUGGCCACACCCCAAGUCAAGGACUUGGUGUUGCGCUCGCCCGCUGGAUCCUCCGAAGUCAUCACCUUCGCCUGGCCCCUGCAGAUCGGACACGGACAGGACAAGCACGACAAUGGCAUCGACAUCAUCGACACCAUCAAGUUCGUCUGCGAUGAACUGCCAUCGAUGUCAUCCGCCUUCGAGGAGACCAAUCUCCACCAAAUCGACACUGCCUGCUAUAAGACUAUGACCGGUCUGGUCGAUCGCUUCAACAAGGCCGUCGACAGCAUCGUUGCAUUGGAAAAAGGAACUUCACUGCCCGCCGAGCGCCUGAACAAGUUCGCUCACCCUAGCCUUCUAAGACACAUAUUGCAAUUAGUUUACAAUGCUGCCGUACUCGAUCCGGAUAAACUCAACCAGUACGAGCCCUUUUCGCCGGAGGUUUACGGCGAGACGAGCUACGAGCUGGUGCAGCAGAUGCUCAAGCACGUCACCGUCAGCAAGGAGGACACGUUCAUCGAUCUCGGCUCGGGAGUGGGCCAGGUGGUCCUCCAGAUGGCCGGAUCCUUUCCCCUGAAAACCUGCAUUGGCAUCGAGAAGGCCGACACUCCGGCGCGAUAUGCGGAGCGGAUGGACGUGAUAUUCCGCCAGUACAUGGGUUGGUUUGGAAAGCGCUUUUGCGAGUACAAGCUGAUCAAGGGAGACUUUCUGGUCGAUGAGCAUCGCGAGAAGAUCACCUCCUCUACGCUGGUUUUUGUUAACAACUUCGCCUUUGGGCCGACGGUGGACCACCAGCUCAAGGAACGAUUCGCGGAUCUGCGUGACGGAGCGAGAGUAGUGUCCUCCAAGUCGUUUUGUCCCCUGAACUUUCGGAUUACGGACAGAAACCUUAGCGACAUCGGCACUAUAAUGCACGUCAGUGAGAUUCCGCCACUCAAGGGCUCCGUUUCCUGGACCUGCAAGCCCGUUUCGUAUUAUCUGCAUGUGAUCGAUCGCACCAUUUUGGAGCGAUACUUUCAGCGCCUGAAAACGAAAGGCGGCAACGAUCACGAGAGCGUGGGAACUGUCCGUACCACUCGUGACCGGGCCAAGCGAGAGGCGAACGUUGGCCAGCACCAUCACAACAACCAUCAUAACAACGGCAACAACCACGCGAACAACAACAACCACCAGCGGGAGCGGGAACAGUCGAACGGAGCGUCCGCGAACGUUGCCCAUCAGCAGCGCCAUCAGUCGCAGUCGCCGGCCAAUGUCAGCGGUGGGGGAAUAGCAGUUGUCACCGGGCAACCAGCUGCCUCGAAAACGCGCCAGCAGCUGCAGCAGCAGCCUCAUCCGCAACAGCAUCCGCAACAAGCGCCGCAACGCAGCCUGGACAUGGAGAGCAGCACGGAGAGCGAUGGCGAGGCGACGAACGGCAAUGGUGGGAACACCACGACGGCCACCAACACCACCUCCGCCUCGAACGGUCCGAUGACCAGGAAGGUCUGGUCAGACUGGUGCAGUUCCAAGGGCAAGAGCUCGCAGUCGGACGACGAGGAGAACAACAACUCGAACAGCAAUGGCGGCAGCAACGGAGGCGGAGGAGGAGCGGUUGGCCGCCAGGCGAGGGCAGCCACCCAGAAGAAGCGCAAGAAGCUGACCAGGAAAGCUGCGAUAGCCAGCAAAUCCGCUGCAGCUGCGCAAAGGGAAGCAGAGGCUGCUGCAGCGGCGGCAGCAGCGGUGGCCAGCAAGGAGUCCAGCUCGAAGGAGGAUCAACCGAGGGCGGCCAGCGCAGGACCAGGUCGCAAAGGUCGCAUGAAGAAGGGGGCUCGUGGCAGGAAGUCCCUGAAGAUCGUUGGUCUGGAAGCGCUGCACAAGCAAACGGUGUUGAGUACCUCGCUGGACACCAUGACCAAGAAGCUGCCCGCAGCUCCGGGAACCGUGGACCAGCAGCUAACAGCUCUGCUCACGGAGAACAUGUCGCACACCGAGUUGGACAUCCCAGCGGCGCCGCAGGAUACGCCCUACGCACUGCAGAUCCUCCUGGACGUGUUCCGAUCGCAGUACACCUCGAUGAUCGAGCACAUGAAGUCGAGUGCCUACGUGCCGCAGGUGCAGAAGCAGAUUGCCCAGGAGCAGGAGCGGAUGGCCAGGCUGAAGAACCGCGCCAGUCAGCUGGACAAGCAGAUCAAGGUGCUGAUCGACGACAGUGUGGCCUUGCUGAAGGUGCGCAUGAACGAGUUGGGCAUCCACGUGAAUUCGCCCAACGACCUGAUUGCCCAGGCGAAGGAGAUCGUGGGCAGGCACAAGGAUCUGCAGCACACCGCCAGCAGGAUGCGCAACGAGGUCACCUUCUACGAGGGCGAGCAGAAGCUGCUGCUCAACAAGCAGCUGAAGAACCUCUCUGAGUACCAGAAGCUCUGCGGCACGGCCAACGGCAAGGUGAAGCUGGAGGUGCCACCCGAACUCUCGGAGACCACCGCCCAGGAGCUGGUGCUGAAGGAGAUUGCCAACACGCUGAGCCAACGCAAGAAACUGUACGCCCAGGUGUCCACCAUCGAGCAGGAGACCACGGUGCUGCAGAAGACGGCGGAGGAGCGGUCCACCGCAGCGACGCUUCUGGCGCAGGGAACCAACCUGAUUGUGGCCUCGUCCGGAACGUCAUCCAGCAGCACUUCCUCCUCCUCGACGACCACUGCGAACUCCGCGACCGUUCCGAACAACAAGUUGAACAACGUGAAGAAUUCCCGGCGAAGUCGCGAGCACCGCGCUCGUUCGCAGGAGUGGCCGGAGGUUCCCGAGGUGGGAAAGAUCCAGGAGAGCAAUCCCGAGGUGCUCGCCCAGAAGAUAGUGGAGACCUGCCGCCAAAUCGAGGCCGGCAAGUUCCAAGGAGCAGCGGCGCCCGCUUACCAGGUGAAUGGCAAGAACAAGGCCAUUCUGGAGGCACCAGCACCACCAGCUCCCUCUGCACCGGUGAGCAUCAAGUCCUCGCCUGGCCACCACUACAAGGACAGCACUCUGAUGCCGGCGCCGAAGCAGCAGCAGCAGCAGCAACAGGUGCAGCUCUCCCAGCUGCCCAAGUGCGAGUUGCCGGGACUCUCGUCGAGUCGCAAACAGGAGUCGCCCAAGGUGGCCAACUUCGAGGACCGGCUGAAGAGCAUCAUCACCACGGCGCUGAACGAGGAUCAGGAGCUGCGCAGCAAGGCAGUGGAGUCCUCGCCAUCCCCCUCUCCGCUCCACAGUCCGGCGCCCAAGCGAUCGAAGCAGCAGCAACCUGGAGCGAUGAGCGCCGCCCCGUCGCUGCCCAGCAAUCUGCACAACAUCAUCACGGUGUCCACGCAGGGACUGAUGCAUCUGAACGCCAACACGACAAUAUCCCCGAUCACUCCGCCGCUGCCGGGUCCUGGGGCAGGAGCAACUGCCUCCACGGCGCCGCCUCCGCCGGCGAAUCUGCCAUAUGGAGCUUACGGCGGAGCAGUGGGCAAGGGUCCGGGUUCGGGAUCGGGAUCGGGAUCGAGCAACAAGUAUCAGGCUGCCAAGGAGCCGAAGUAUUCGCCGGUGCGACAAGCGCCGCCUCCACCUCCGCCACCUCCCUCCCACAUGGCUGCUCUGUAUGCAGCUGGCCAGCAGACGACUCCCGCGGAUCUCGGAUACCAGAGGCGACGCAGCUCCGUCAGCGCCAGCAGCUACGAGCACUACAUGGUCCAGCAGCAGCAGCAACUCCAGCAGCAGCAGCUCAUGUUGGCAGCAGCGGCUCAUGCAGCGCAGCGCCAGCAGAUGCGGGUGGAGGAGCAACAGCAGCAGCAGCAGCAGCAGCAGCACCAUCAUCACCAGCAGCAGCAACAACAGCAACACCAUCAGCAGCAGCAUCGUCUGCAGCAGCAUGUGCCGCACCAGCACCAGCAUCCACAUCCGCAUGCGCAUGCGCAUCAUCCCAAUGAGUUCAAGGCGCCGCCGGCUGACAAUCAUCUCCAGCGUUCGAGCAGCCGGGAGCAAUUGGUGGUGGAGCCACAGCAGCAGCCACUGGAGCUGCUGCCUCGGGCCAGUUCCGCCAACUCGGACUACGGCGGCUACCGCAUCCGUCCGCCGAGCAGGCCGAGCUCCAACUCCUCGCAGCCGGACUACACGCAGGUGUCGCCCGCCAAGAUGGCCCUGCGCCGCCACCUCUCGCAGGAGAAGCUCAGCCAGCACGUGGCUCCGCAGGCCACGCCCCCGCUGCCGGGACAAGGAGGAGCGCCCACCACGGGCAAAACCAUCGGGGAUCUGGUUAACGGGGAGAUUGAGCGAACCCUGGAGAUCUCGCAUCAGAGCAUCAUCAACGCGGCGGUCAACAUGAGCACCAGUGGCGCCAACUUCAUGGAGCGAGCCUUCCUCAACGAGCGCUCCAGCGACCGGCUGCUGAUCAACCUGAACGCCCAGCGGCCGGAGCGAGUGCAUGUGCGUCCGCUGUCGGAGGAAUCGCAGGAGCCACAUCCCACCAGCUACGCCCAGGAGCGAGGACCAGCUGGCGGAGCUGCCGCAGCAGGGGGCAACAGCAAUCUGGCCACCUUGGCGCACGUUGCCUAUGUCCAGAAGGCGCAGGUGGGCGCACGUGCCAACGCAGGAACAGCACCGCCCGCAAGCCACGCAGCCGCGGCUCGAUCUGGACGGGAUUACCAACCGGUGGCCCUGCCCCGCGCGGAACUCAAGGGCAGCAUCGAGGCGUACUUCCACGAGGAGCAGCAGCAGAAGCAGUCGAAGAGCACGGGACCAGCGGGAGCAGCCACCUUGCGGGGACCGCGUCUCAAUGGAGCCAAUCCUCCACUCGAAGGUCUCGCUGCUUCACUGCAGGACCACAUGGUGCGUGCCAGGAAGUACAAGGAGGAGACCGAGGAGCGCCAACGUCGCGCGGCCGCCGCCGCCUCCUCGUCUUCGGCGGGAGGGCCGCCUCCUGGACUGGAGCUGACCACCCAUUAUGCUCACCAAGCGCCGCCAGCCCACAGCUACCAUCACCAUGCUGCUGGCCUCAAUGGAACACCGCACAAAGUGGAGAUUGGAAUAAAACGGAGCUCCCCGCUGGCGCCGCAUCAGCAAGCGCCGCGUCCCUCGAAACUGGCUCACUACGAGCCGCCGCCGCCGACGCAGCAGCAGCAGCCACCGCACCACGCGCACCUGUACGCCAACGGGCAGGUCCUACCGCCGCCCCCAGCUCACGACGCGACCACGCCCUCGCCGACGCCCUCUUCGUCGUCGUCGUCAUGCGGACGUCGCAGCAACAGCAACAGCGGCAAGUUGCUGGUGGAGCCACCGCUGCUGAUGAGUCCCGAGAUCAAUUCGCUGCUGGGCGACGAGCGACCGCUGCAGCUGUCGCACCACCCGCAGCAGCAGCCACUGCUGCACCACCAUCAGUCGCAGCAGCAGCAGCAACAGCAGCAACAGCAGCACAUGCAGAUGGCGCAGCAGCAGAUGCGGGUACCUCACUUGGGACACGGUCUAGGUCAUAGCCACAGCACCACGCCCACUUUGGGCGGACAACGCAAUGCCAAUGCCGCCGACGAUGAUGAUGUUAUCGCCGCCGAUGAUGAGUCCCACUGGCAACAUCGGGUCAGCUCUGGUUUCGAUCGCCUGGUAGCCUUCGCCAGCACUGAGUUGGAUAAAACCAGGCGAAGCAUCGACGGCGACACGGUUCCUGCUUCGAUCAGUUGCAACACGUCGCCGGAUUCGGGCAUCACGCACAGCAGCAGCAACUCGGAUGCGGUGCGCACGUUCUUGUCCACCUCGUCCAGCUCCUCGCAACUGGAGCUGCCCAUAGGAAGCGGUGGCAGCAGCAGCAACAGCCUGUACAACCAUCACGCCCAGCACAACAACAUGGGCGGCGGAGGAGGCGGCGGCCACCAGCAGCAGCAGCAGCAGCAACAGCUGCAGGCCCAGCACCAACAGCAGCAGCACCACCUGUCCGAUCACCUCAGCGACAGUAGCAUCAAGUCGUCGGCAUCCUCCUCGCUGCACGCUGGUAGCUCCCUGAAAACCGUGUCGCCGGUGGAUCCCAGUGCCAUUGAGUCGCCGCCGCUGUCCGAUGUUGGGUUGCCCAGGACCCCCAGUCCCAGUGCAGCCAGUGUGGCCACGCCGCCCUUGGCCAGUGGGCCUGCUCUCUCCGGGGACUUGGCUGGCAUACCGCUGAAGUACCAGCGCAAGUCGAAGAGCAGCUCGGAGAAGCACUACAAGAAGAAGUUCUGCGAGAGGAACUGGGAAUACGACUGCGACGAGUUGCUGGCCUACUCCAACUCUAGUGCGCCUCCCACGGCUGCGGAUGCGGCGGGCAAUGGGCCGCCCAACCUGGAAGCGCCCAAUAACGUGGGAGCAGCAGCUGCACCGCUGAUCGGUAAAUCUGGAAAGUCGCCAAAGGAGAAGUCUUCACCGCACCACAGCAGCUACAACCACCAGCAGCAGCACCACCACAAAUCAUCCAAAUUCCGGCCAAAGGGCAAGGACUGGGACUGGUCGAUGGACAGUCGCAGCCAAACCGGCGAGCUGCUGCCCCCCAAUAACAACAUGAACAUGAACAACAACUCAACCACCACAACGAGUAAUUAAUUUAGUAAACUAAUUUAGUUCAAUUUGCUGAAUGGAGCGGAGAGAUAACCAGAAACCAGAAAAGUAUGCAAUACUUUGCUGCUUUUUAGCCAGAUUAUUUGUAAAUGGAUCACGAUGGAUUAGGACGGAUCCUGCGAAUGAAUUAUACUGUAUUUAAUGAAGAUUUUUUGUAAUUUUAACUAAACGAAUUGUGUAUGCAUAGAUAACUUAUUGUAUAGCCCAGAUUUUAAAUUGCCUUGUUUUAUUUGAUUAUUGCUUUUUACCAGCUCUCCUGUCACCAUUGUGUUUUUAUUUUAUUAAUAAUUUUAACUAGACUAGGCUCGUUUUCGUAUUUGUUUAUAAGGUUUAACCCGAAUGAACCCAACUGCUGAUGAACAAUGUUACUGUACCAAUCUUUAUGAUUAUGUAUUUAAUUUGAUUUACUGUUUAGUUUUCCCAUAAGCUGAGUGUGUUUUGUCUUUAUUAUUUUUAAAUAAAUUUCUACAUUAAUUACACCGA